CUUCCUCUCUCUGCCCCCUGCCCGCGCUCCAGGUUAGCUUUAUACGUCUACGAGUAUUUACUGCACGUCGGAGCACAGAAAUCUGCACAGACCUUCUUGUCAGAGAUUCGAUGGGAAAAAAACAUCACGUUGGGCGAACCACCUGGGUUUUUGCAUUCGUGGUGGUGCGUAUUUUGGGACCUUUACUGUGCAGCUCCUGAAAGGCGAGACACUUGUGAACAUUCAAGUGAAGCAAAAGCCUUUCAUGAUUACAGUGCAGCAGCAGCCCCAAGCCCGGUGCUUGGCAACAUUCCCCCCAAUGAUGGGAUGCCUGGAGGCCCCAUCCCACCGGGUUUCUUUCAGGGUCCUCCGGGGUCACAGCCCUCGCCGCACGCACAGCCUCCACCCCACAAUCCCAGCAGCAUGAUGGGACCCCACAGUCAGCCUUUUAUGUCACCGCGAUACGCAGGCGGCCCCAGGCCCCCGAUCAGAAUGGGAAACCAGCCUCCGGGAGGAGUUCCUGGGACACAGCCACUGCUGCCCAAUUCCAUGGACCCCACACGACAGCAAGGGCACCCCAACAUGGGAGGAUCAAUGCAGAGAAUGAACCCUCCCCGAGGCAUGGGACCUAUGGGUCCUGGCCCACAGAAUUACGGCAGCGGCAUGAGACCACCACCCAACUCCCUCGGCCCCGCCAUGCCCGGGAUUAACAUGGGCCCGGGAGCUGGCAGACCCUGGCCCAAUCCUAACAGUGCUAACUCAAUUCCAUACUCCUCCUCAUCACCCGGUACCUACGUGGGACCUCCUGGCGGUGGCGGCCCCCCAGGAACACCCAUCAUGCCUAGUCCUGCAGAUUCAACAAAUUCCAGUGACAACAUCUACACAAUGAUUAAUCCGGUGCCGCCUGGAGGCAGCCGGUCCAACUUCCCGAUGGGUCCAGGCUCCGACGGCCCGAUGGGAGGCAUGGGCGGCAUGGAGCCCCACCACAUGAACGGAUCGUUAGGGUCAGGUGACAUAGAUGGACUUCCAAAAAAUUCUCCUAACAACAUAAGUGGCAUUAGCAAUCCUCCAGGCACCCCGAGAGACGACGGCGAGCUGGGAGGGAACUUCCUCCACUCCUUCCAGAACGACAAUUAUUCUCCAAGCAUGACGAUGAGUGUGUGACCCUCCUCUUCUCCGAGAUGCUGAGAGAGCCGGCAUUGCAGGCGGGAAGAUGCCAGAAAUUAUGCAAGAAGAAGUGAGGUGUCAUUGCCCAGGCGCUGGGGGAGGGGCACCUCCCGCUCCCCCUCCACCCUGCCCUCUCCACUCCCCCACCUUUCCCAAUUUUAGUUUCAUGCAAUAAAAAGGCCGAACUUUUUAUUCCAUAAAACAUGAAGGACAAAACUCAAAAUAAAAAUAUAUUUCAAGUCAUUGACCAGAAAAAUCCCACCCCUUGCUCUUUCCCAAAAGGAUCUUUUAAGUACAUGA